CACACACAUAAAAGAGAGAGAGGGGGGGACAGACUAAGCAACCUAGGAAAACCUUUAUUUUGUCUUAGGAGUGAGAAGGGGAAAAAAAACAAUGGAGUUGGAGAGGGUGCAAGUCAUAGCUUCUCUGUCCAAGUGCAUAGACACAAUACCAGCUGAGUACAUUAGGUCGGAGAAUGAACAACCUGCAAUCACCACAAUCCAGGGCAAGGUCCUGGAAGUCCCGGUGAUCGACCUCAGCAAUGACUCGGACGACCAGAAUAUUGUCCAAUUGGUCGCUGAGGCCUGCCGGGACUGGGGGAUAUUUCAGGUUGUAAACCAUGGAAUACCAGAUGAAGUCAUUGGGAAUUUGCAGAGAGUUGGGAAAGACUUCUUUGAACUGCCACAGGAAGAGAAAGAGGUGUAUGCUAAGCCUCCUGAGUCCAAGAGUGUGGAAGGGUAUGGAACAAAGCUUCAAAAGGAAGUGGAAGGCAAGAAAGGAUGGGUUGAUCAUUUGUUUCAUAAGAUUUGGCCUCCCUCUGCUAUUAACUACAAGUUUUGGCCUAAGAACCCUCCAUCGUACAGGGAAGCCAAUGAAGUGUAUGCUGAGAGGUUGCGUGCGGUGGCAGACAAGUUGUUCCGGUGGCUGUCACUAGGGCUAGGGCUUGAAGGGCAUGAGGUCAAGGAGGCUGUGGGUGGUGAUGACUUGAUUUACCUUAUGAAGAUUAACUAUUACCCACCAUGCCCUAGGCCAGACCUAGCCCUUGGGGUUGUGGCUCACACAGACAUGUCCACCCUCACCAUUCUUGUCCCAAAUGAAGUCCCAGGGCUCCAAGUCUUCAAAGAUGACCAUUGGUAUGAAGUCAAGUACAUCCCUAAUGCCCUGAUUGUCCAUAUUGGUGACCAAAUUGAGAUGACUAAGACCUACAACUCUUGGCUUCAACAGAUAGUAAGCAAUGGAAAGUACAAGGCUGUGUACCAUAGAUCAACAGUAAACAAGGAGACAACAAGAAUGUCAUGGCCAGUGUUCAUUGAACCCUCGCCGGAGGUCGAAGUUGGGCCACAUCCAAUGCUCAUCGACGACGAAAAUCCACCAAAAUACAAGACCAAGAAGUACGAAGAUUAUAUGUACUGUAAGCUGAACAAGCUUCCCCAGUGAAGUUUUUGAUGAUGAGCCUUCUUCACUCACUCGUUUCAUUGUCUUGUUUGUUUUGGCUAUGUUUAUGUCAAAUCUACUCGUAGUUUGCAAUUAAUGAUGUUUUGUUUAUGUCAUGCUUUGGAAGGCAUUUGUAAUGCUCAAUUGUCUAAUUUGCAUUAAUAAAAGAUGUUGGUUCAUGAAUUA